UAAAUCAGACUCGUGUUUACAGUUUUUGCGGCGGGCAACCUGUCCCGCGCCCUUUGUCUCGCGCUCGCCGCACGCCGCGCUCGGCGCGCCCGAGCGCCUCACUAGUGCGCUCACUGCACUGGCUGCACGGCGCGGCUCACGGUGCACUACGCUACUCGGUACACACGCUCGCUCACCGCCUACCUAUACGUGCUAUACAUAGCAGCGAAGGCUGUACUCUACUCAAACAAAGCAUUUUGCCGUAAAUCCAUACUGGUGGCGAGCUCCCGCGUUCUUUGUGAUCCGUCGCGUAGCGUAGUGCCCGUACCAUUGCGCCCCUCGCUCGCGCCACAUCUGUGAUUGUCAAUCGUUAAUUAUAGUGUGUGUGCUUUGAGGUUAGGUCUUUAUUUGUGGCAUCAGUGGUGAUUGCAAGUUAGCAGUCAGUGGGACUUGAAUAUAUCAUUCUAACCAGGCCUGGUCCAUGUGGAGUGAUGUUUGUAUACAAAUUGGAGUUGCAAUAGUGUCAAUAUGAAUAUGUACUUGUGUGGUUCAGUGAGUGUGCUGUGAUUGUAUAGUAUCCAGUAGUGAUUGUUGGAUUGUGUUCCGGAGCUUGUCCUGGAGGUGGAUGUGAGGCCGCCCCAUGCUCAGGGAGGAGGGCCCGGAGAAGCCGAAGGGCGGCGAGAGCCAGGACGACGGCUACGAGACGAGCAACAGCGGCGAGGCGAGGCGGGCCGAGGCGGCGCCGCAGCCCGAGCCCGCUCCCCAACCGGACGAGCCCCCCGCUCCUCCCCCACCGCCUCUACUACCCCCACAACAUGAAUACCACGAGCCAAUCAUGCGGCAUUACCCCUCCCCGUCACAGUACCGCCAGUUCGAGCCUCAGCCCGAACCAGAAUACCAACACUUCCCUUUCCCCAAAUACUCCAACGACCCGUACUCGUUCAAGCGCGAGCCUGAUGCACCGUACGAUAUGAGCCAUCACCCGCAUCACCAGCCACAGCAACACCAGUAUCCCAAACGCGAUGAAGACAUGUACAACGGCAUCAAGCGUGAAUGCGAGGAUCCGUACUCCUUCGUGGAGGAAGAGGCGAUGUCAAUGAUGCUGGGAGCCCACAGUCACCACCAGCCGCCCCACGAGCACGCGCACCUGAUGCACCAGCAGAUGGUGCUCAACCAACCCAAGAAGAGGGGGCGCAAGAAGAAGAUUAAAGACGAGAAUGGGAUGGAGAUCAAGACGGAGACGGGCAUGGACGGCGUGGUGGUGGCGCGGCCGAUCAAGGAGCGGAAGAAGCACGACCGGUUCAACGGCAUGAGCGAGGAGGAGGUGGCGCGGCGCACGCUGCCCGACCACCUCGCCGAGAACCUCGACAUCAUCAUUAUCGGCAUCAACCCGGGGCUGUUCGCGGCGUACAAGGGGCACCACUACGCCGGCCCCGGGAACCACUUCUGGAAGUGUCUCUACUUGUCCGGACUGACGCGCGAACAGAUGAGCGCAGACGAGGACUACAAGUUGUUAAACUUCGGCAUCGGCUUCACGAACAUGGUGCCGCGCGCCACCAAGGGCUCGGCGGACCUCACGCGCCGCGAGAUCAAGGAGGGGUCGGCGGCGCUGCUCGAGAAGCUGCAGACGUUCCGGCCCAAGGUGGCUGUGUUCAACGGGAAGCUCAUCUAUGAAGUGUUCUCCGGCAAGAAGGACUUCUGCUUCGGCAAGCAGCCCGACACCAUAGCUGGCACCAACACGUACAUGUGGGUGAUGCCGUCGUCGUCGGCCCGCUGCGCGCAGCUGCCGCGCGCGGCCGACAAGGUGCCGUUCUACGCGGCGCUCAAGAAGUUCCGCGACUACCUCAACGGGCUGCUGCCGCACGUGGACGAGGCCGAGCUCGUGUUCCCCGACACCACGGCGCGCCGCCCGCACGAGGAGAUGGAGAUACGCAGUUGCUCCGGCAGGCUGACGAUGGAGCCAGAGCCUGGCGACACCAUCAUCCUUGAGGACGGCACCGAGGUGCCGCUCAAGAAGAAGCGCGGAAGACCUAAGAAGGUGAAACUAGAAAACGGUGAAGUAGUCCCGCCCACACCCCGCGCCCCGCGCCAGCCGCGGCCACCGCCGUCUCUCGAGGCAGGCGACCAGCCGCCCAAGAAGAAACGAGGGAGACCCAAGAAGAUACGGCCCGAGGAACAACAGUACCUGCUGCAACAGCAACAGGCGCAGCAGCAGCAGCAACAAGCGCAACAGCAAGUGCAGCAACAACAACAACAACAGCAGCAGCAGCAGCAGCAACAACAACAGCCGAGCCCCAUGGUCCCCAGCCAGCUGGUGCCGGGCAUGGGCGGGCAGCAGCAGUACGGCGGCGGGCAGCUGUUCCCGCUGGGGGGCGAGCCCCCCCUCUACAUGCAGCAGGGGGCGCAGGCCGACCACGACGCGUACUAUCAUCACAUCAAUAAUGGCGGCGGCAUGGAGCCGUCCGGCAUGGACAUGGGCGGCAUGGCGGCGCCGCGCUACGGCUCGCCGGGCGCCGGCUACGCCUCGCCCCGGCCGCAGUACCACUCGCCGCACGCCAGGCUCAUGUCCACGCCGCAGCCGCAGCAGCAGCCGGCGGACGUGCUGCAGCAGUUCCCGUCCAGCCCGGCGUACGGCGGCGGCGCGCGGCUGGCGGGCGGCGGGCUGGCGCGCUCGCCGCUGUACGCCGCCAGCCCCGCGCCCUACCCGCACCAGCAGCCCUCCCCCGCGCCGCCCGCGCCCUACCCGCACCAGCCUUCGCCCGCGCCGCAGCCGCACGCGCGUCCGCACUACAGCCGCUCGCCUGCGCCGCAGCGCCCCUACAGCCGGUCCCCCAACCCGGGCGGCGCGCAGUUCGGCGCGGCGUCGCCGGCGCCGGCGCUGCACUCGUACACGCCGUCGCCGCAGCACACGCCCUACUCGCAGCACUCCUCGCCCGCGCCGCAGCCGCCGCCGCCGCACUACGACGCGCAUCUGCACACGCAGACGGGCAGCACGGGGUCGGGCAGCGCGGCGUCGGGCAGCUUCGUGGGCGAGCUGGCGGGCGACAUGGGCGCGGCGCUGUCGUCCCCGCCGGCGGUGUCCCCGGCGCUGGCCGUGGACUUCGAGCCGCCGCGCACCGCCUCGCCCAUCGGCAGCACCGACAUGCACCCCGGCUCCAACUCCAACUCCUCGCUCUCUGACUACAACAAGACGAACUCCCAAGCGGGCAGCGAGGUGUCCCCGGCGGGCGGCGUGGUCAACACGUUCGGCCAGUCGCUGUACGAGGAGCGGCUGCCCUACAACCUGCACAGCCCGCAGACGGACAAGGACCGCACGUACCACUACACGCAGGAACAAGGCAACAGCGGCGUGGACAGUCCGCGGUUAGACCAGAUGCACCAACACCCCAGCAUGUACCAGAAUAAUUUCAACAGGUCGACGCCGGAGGGCGGCGGCGAGGCGGGGUUCCGCCCCCCCGAGCAGCCGCACACCCCGCACCACCACCCCGGUGAGGGAUGUUUAUAUAAUAUAGCGGACAAGCCGGCGGGCGGCUCGCCAGAUGGCUCGCCGGCGGAGUACGGCAACGCGAAAAACAAGACCCAGGACGUGGCGUCCAAGUCCCUCUCCGGGCUGGAGUCGCUGGUGGACCAGAUCCCGUCCAUAGCGGAGGGCGGCGGCGGCGGCGCGGGGGGCGCGGGGGUGGGCGCGGGCCCCGAGCAGGCGGCGCCCGCGCCCCCCGCGCCCCCGCAGCUGCCCGAGUACGCGCCCGCGCUCUACGGGCCCUACGGCGCCUACGGCGGCGCCGCCUACGGGAACAACGGCUACGGCGGGCCGUUCGUGGGGUACGGCGGCGGCUGGGGCGGAGGCCUGAUGCGGCCCACGCCGGGCUACCUGGGCGACUGGCAGUACGGCUACGCGGCGCCGCCCACGUACUCGCCCUACAACUCGUACUACAACGGAUACACGCCGCCGCCCGCGCAUGCGCAGCAGGCGCACUACCUGUCGGCGCCGCCGCUGCUGGAGCUGCACAAGGCGGGCGAGGUGGGCGCGGGCGUGGCGGCGCCGGCGCCGCCGGUGCCCACGGUGGGCUUCCCCGGCUUCUGUUAGUAGCGGUGUUCCGCGCCCGCGCUCGACCUCAGCGCGCGACACCACCUGGGCUAGGGCCGAUGACUGCUUGAAGAAGGACGACACACGCCUGGCCCUGCGGCGGCAGGCGUCGCAUCCAUCACAACUGUUGAACACGCUAGUUUCUAACUAGACGAAUCAGUUACUUUUCUAAACGAAAUUACCACGGAAUUUGUAUGAAAAAGCGCACUGUGUCAUUGAAAAACGUGACAAAAUGACUAACGUCUUUGCUUAGUAAUCAGAAUUUCAUAAUUUACCUUUGACCUAGGAAACUACCCAAUGCAUUAGUCGUAUGACCGAAUGUCCUUUUGAAAUGCAAACCGCAUUAGUUAACUAUUGUGUCUAGAAAUCUCGGCCUUAGCAGGUUAAAUGUGAUUCAUAAAGUUUGGUAAAAUGGUAGUAGAAACACACUUUUCCCUAUUGUCAGAUAUGCAAAAAUUUAGCCUAAAAAAAGCAAAAACAUUAUUUGACAGGCAAAAAUCAAUUCGGCCAUACGAUUCUAUUUCAAUAUGGGUAAUUAUUUGAAGUUUUACUAGACAAAGGAUUACAAAUUGAUAUGAAAUCAAAUUGUUAUUGGGUACAAUUAAGGCAACUGUGCAAAAAAUAAGAUUUUUAAUGAUCUUUCUUUAUGGCCGAGUGGUAAAACGAUCGGGGGGUCUAAAAAUGCCGCAUCAAAGAAAUUCACCUAAAAAGCAAUAUCUUGACAUUAGCGCAUGUGAAAGUAAGUGCGCUUUUUUAAGAUGAAUUGCUUUAAUGUGGCUUUUUAACCCCCCCAGUCGUUGAUGGAAGGAAAGGCUGGUACUACCAACCAAAGUACCUGUCAACUUACACAAUAGAUCAAAGAUUCAAAACAUAGAAAAAAAAAACUGCAAUUUUCAUACUUUUUCACGCGAAUACCAACCGCUCCUUAUAGUUUCUCGAAACUUCUUCAAUUAAGUCAAUUGCCCUAUGCAAAAAGAUGAACAUAUUGAUGUUGUAACUCGGAACAUGACGAGUCGAGGGCGCGGGAGUGCGGAGUGUACAUAAUGUAAGUGGACGAGCGCAUGAGAAUCUCACGGCACUAUGUUCCUUAUUGUGAGUACAUACGUGUGAUCUACUUAAGUUGGUUUUAAAGUACACUCGAUAUUUUCAUAGUGUAAGUAGCGAAAUUGGACUGAGCGCCGACUCGGGGCGCGGCUGUGGUGUGACGUCACGCGGCUGUGCUGUGACGUCACGCGGCUGUGGUGUGACGUCACGCGGUUGUGCUGUGACGUCACGCGGUUGUGCUGUGACGUCACGCGGCUGUGCUGUGACGCGACCGCGGCCGCGCCGCCGGCUGUAAAGCAAUCGUUAGUGAUGUAAUUUAAUCUUUUUCAAACUGAUGAGCUUAAUUUGUAGGGUUUAUUUGUAAAUAUUGUAUGUAUUCAGUUUCGGUCCAUCACACGGUUCAGUUGACGGCCGGGCGGCGCCGCGGGGCGUGUACUUAAUUUAUUGGAGCGUCUGUGAUGUCUAGAGAAACAUGUUGUGUUCGGAACCUCGCUAGUGCGGGCGGCACCCUGGAUCGUCCGAGGGAGUGCCGCGUCUUCUAAAGUCUUGCCAAUGAAGUGUUUCGCGUUCUAGUCACUUACUAAUUCGUGUGGGCUAGUCAAAUUUGAAAAAUAAACGUUGUAUCCCCGCGGCCCGCCCGCCGCCCGCGACGAAAUAGUUUUUAUCUAAGUCACAACGGCCUACGAUAUGAAUGUAUACUUUUUUAGAGUUUAGUUUUAAUUUUAACAAUGGAUUUUGUGACGCUAUUUAUAAUUCGAUUUUAGCAUUUUUUAUACAUUAAUUUUAUAUUUUUAUCGCUGCUGCGAGGCGGCCAUUUUGUUGUCGGGGUCGGUGACCUGCGCAGCACAAAUCAGCUGGCCAGCGUUGAGCACUGAGGGCGGGGUCGCCGGCCGCGGGGGGCUGCGGCGCCGCUGCCGCCUCCGCCUCCGCCUCUAUGGGCCGCGCGAGUUUCAUCGAACAAAUAUUCGCUCGUUACACCAGUGUUCAUUACCGGAAGCGGAAGCGACGGUCGCAGCCCGCGUGUGUUGCCAUGGAGACCGUGCAUUUGACUACAUGUUACCCGAUCAGUUACAUAGCUUCGGAUCGCUAGUGAUAGCAUAAUUGUACACUUUAUAUUAGUCGCGAGUACGCGCUGUCUUAACUCUUACCUUGUUGUACCGAUCGUCACACGCCCCCCACGACGCCUGUACUAACGAACUCGAUAACAUAAAGUUAUAACUUAUAAAUGAAAUCAAAUUACUUAUAUUUAAACUGAGCAUUUACAAUAAUUAAUUUACGAAACGGAUUUGAAGUUUUAUAUUUGCAAGUUGUAACUGUACCUAAUUUUACAUACGAUUAAGUGUUACUUUUGUAACGGAUAUAUUAUAAGUAUCGUGUUUUGUGAUACUUGUUUGAGUUGUUGUGGUCUCUUGUGGGUCGUGGGACUUGUUUAGGUUAUGGUUUAUUUGUAAUGCAUAAUGGUGGGUGCUGCGGGUCGGUUGUUCUGUUAAAUAUUGCCAUUUUGUAGUAAGCGUCCGUGCGCGGUGCAGCACGACGAGCUGGCUUCAUACUAUUGUAGUUAACGCGGUUUGUAUACGUGCGCAAUCCAUACCACACAAACAUCGACUUUAUACAGACAGUUAUUUUUCUUAUCACUCUCUCAAUAAUUUUCAAAGGUCAAUGUACCGACGAGUUGAAUAGAAUUUCACAAAUAACCAUAUGUGAAUACUUAGACAAAGUUGUUCAGAAUCAUUGACACAGUUUUUCUAGAAAUUAUUUUGACUCUUUGAGGGAUUGUGUCAUCUAACAUGAUGGACUAAUUAAUUAACACCAUAAGGUUUAUCAUAUCCAACUUACGACAUCGUAUCAACAGUGGCUGCAAGUUGUCUUUAAUUACUUGUGGCUCUGCCCACCCCAUUAGGGAUUACGGGCGUGAGUUUGCGUAUGUAUGUGUAUGUAUUUUGACCCUGUUUUGUCGACAUAUGUGCGUGUGACUGACACACUUACAAGCCGCGUUCGCUGCUCUAGCAUGAAGCUAGCUGUGUCGGGUUGUCCGACGCUCUGUAGCUCUUGUCACUAGUUGUUGUAUUCAGACAGUCGCGGCCACACAUUUGUUUCAGUGCGCCGAGUGGCUCUUGUACAAAAAUACUUAUUUCUUUGCACAAAAAAAACGUGUUAAAUGUAAGUGAAACGAAAUAACAUACGUAAUAAAGACAUAUACGUUAAAGAUAGGUUACGAUAAUGAAAGAAUUUAUGGUAGGGGGAGGGGGGGGUCGAGGGCGGGUGCGGGCUUUAUGAUAUGGUCUUUAUUGCCUCGCGGGCGCACCGCCGCAUCGGGCGGACAUGUACUGGCGUAUUGUGUGGAACCCUGUCGCAGUAACUUAUUUGACAAACUGAAUCCUAUAAUUUGACUCAAUGCCAAACAAGUUAAUGUGACGUGGGACUGAAAUGUUACAAUGUUGAUGCUCGUGUAUAAACAUUGCUCACGACUAUAUUACGAAUUGGGCUAGUCAGAGGUACAUCCAACGCAAGAACCCACACCUCACCGAGCUCUCUGUUAGACUAACAAGAUGGAUGGUGAGCCGCAUCGAAGUCUAUAAUGGUCGAGCCAGAUGUGUUAGUGAAAAUUGCAUUUUAAAUAAAUUAAUAAUUAAUUUGAUCACCAGGCGAAGUAACUUUUCUUAUUGCCUUCUGAAUUCAUAUCCAAAGUGCGACCUUAUAGUCACGAUAGUGGUAGACACAAACUAAAAUUUAUUUUAGUUUUUGACAGCCCUAAAACUAGUGCCGUCUCUCACUUGCAACGGAUGCAAGAAAGGGAUAGAGCUAGUUUUAGAUUGAUGAAUAAGAGAUUAUAUAAAAUUACAUUGGUGUCUGACAGAAUGUGUGCCAGUAAACAUAGCAUAGCAUCGCGCCUGUAUCCCCGAAGGGGUAGGCACAGGUGUCUAGUACGACAUAGCCACACCUGUGUCAGUGCAUAGUACAUGUUCCCAGCGGCGACUCGCCCGCGACGCAGCGACGUUCGCCACGGAAGGACAACGCGGUCGUUUAAAUCAACAGGGUAUUUAAGAUUGCUUAGAUUAUUUUAUAUUUAUUGUCUUGUCGCGCGCUGCGCUGUUGUGUUAGUGUUAUGUACUGAUAUUGUUUAUUGAUAACACUGGUUUAUGUCGCGCGACUACACGCGAUUGUUUAUCGUCCCAUGCGUAACAAAACGGAAUAUUCGAAAUCUGUUAUUUUAACAACCGUUACAAAGCUCUUGUGGAACGUCAAGGUGGAUCAAAAAAGAAGGUUUUCAAUUUUUUUUUCAAUACCUAUUGGUGCCGGUUAUGGCCGACAACACUUUAUUUUUGUUUCACAACUUUGAAACUGUCGUCCUUCUGUUAUGAUGACUGCAGUAAAGAGAUGGAGAUAGUUUUGCAACUAUCGAAUAAGAACAAAAUUCAAAUAGUCAAAUGAGAUACUUUUUACGAGAAGAUACAUUUCUAUGGUAUUUAUAUAGAAAUACACACGUAUGACUUCAUUGAACAUAAAUCCUGGAAACGGCGUGAUAUCAAUUGUCUAUGGUCCAAACAUGAAUUCAACAUUAUUUCCAUACUUCGUAUUGGUCAUAGACUGUGUAACGUCAACCAGGGAGAUAUAAUACACUGGAAUACUGUUGUCGAAAUAUCGAUACUAUUGGUUAUUUUUUAAACUACCUAUAGCAGCCUAUCCAAUCAAAUUAAAAAUGUGUUUAUUAUCAAAAAUAAUACAAAAAAAGAAAGAAGGCACAUGAGAUAUGCAACACUAGACUGGACAAUUAUAUUUUCAUCCUAUCAACAAACCAAUACUUACUUUUUCCAGACAAUUAAAAAAUUCAAGAAGAUUCCAUAAUCGUUCAAUAUUACGUGUAAAUGGUAAUUUCUCUGUCGAUUCUUCAUAACUUCAGUUUGCACAGAUGUUUCUGUAUAUACCUACAAAUUGAAGGAAAAUAACGUAAACUGUAUGGCCUCAGAGAAAUGUUUUCUGGCAAAUACAGGGUGUUAGUGACACCGUAACGAAUACUGAGAGGGAUGACUCAGAUCAUGAUUCUGAGUUGAUAUCAAGUGGAAUUUCCUCUCGAAAAAAUCAUAAAAAAAAUAUUAUUAUUUUCAGUUCCAUAUUUUUGCGACGGAAAAUUCCACUUGAUAACAACUCAGAAUCGUGCUUUGAUUCAUCUCUCAAAGUAUUCGUUACUAUGUCUCUAACACCCUGUAUAAAUCGAUUGUAUUAUACAGUAUGGGACGUGGCAACCGGGUCUGGUCGCCGGCGCAUUCACUCGCGUUUUGUACAUAUUGAGUGCUUUAUUACGCUUUUUUGAUAUUAUACUUUAUUUAAAAUUAUCUACUACAAUAUUUACUAUAUUUUUGCUUUUUUUGUACAAUAAUAAUUGUUUGUAGCGUAUAUGAGUUUCUCGUUUACCGCCAACGCCGGGCGGUCGCUCGACCUAACUAAUAUUAUUUAGAUGUAGACAUAGCCACGUUUGGGUUUACUGAACAGUUUAGUAAGAAGUAUGGUAUAAUAUAACAAGGUAUGCUCAAUCAUAUUAAAAGCCGCCAUUGCUAGCCGUUUGAUGACGUAAGCGUUACAUGAGUGUUACCAUUAAAUUGAUAUCUCCAAUAUUUCAAGGACGUAAAUUUUAUUAUUGAAAAUUAAAUUAUACUAUCACGAGACAUAUGCAUAAAAAACAUUAAAACUGUAAGUACCCAAAUAUAUUUUACUAAAAGUAAACAUACCCUUGCAAAGUUACUUAAAAACAUUAGUCGUGGGUAAUUUACUUUUAACAAAAUGGCUGUCACUUUCGCAAACCUUGUUUUAUUAUACCAUGGUAAGAAGUACAUUACAUGAUCAUGUAAGGUCGAUGACUGACCUCACCAAGCCUGUGUGUGACAAAGGAAAAUUACUGAUAUUUUGAUCUGGUGGUAAGAGACACACAAAUACAGGUUAUGCGCGAGUGAGAUAAAGCACUUUUUUCUAUCCCACGCUAAUCUAUACUUGUGUCUCUGUUAUCGUCAAAUAAGCAAAUUGCCAGUCAUCUUCUUAUGACACUAGACUUGUAAUUUUUAACCGACUUCAAAAACAGGAGGUUCUCAAUUCGAUUUUACUACCUUGAGGGUGCGUUUCCGCGUUAACGGAGCGGAGGCGUGCAGAAAGCGAUCAGGUGAGAGAGUCGCUGUUUCGCUGUCUCCCUCGCUGUUAUUGGUGGAUUCCUUACGACUCCACUCCGCUAUAGUGGAACUUUUCCCUGCCUCAUUAAAUGUUGCUUGAUUAAAAUGAUAGGUGCGAAAGAGACGUUGGUGCCGAUUUAAUUUGACAGGACUAACACUAGCUCCAUCUCUGUCUUGUACCUAUUGUAAGUGAAGGACACCACUAGUUUAAGAGCUACCAAAAUAAAAUUAGGUUAAAGUGUCCAUGCGAACAGGCACUAUCUCUUAUCUCUUUCGCACUAGGCUGCAAUAUUCCGGCCUUGCUGUCAUUCUAAUCAAGUUAUAUCUAAUGCAGCCCUGCUUCAAACGAGGCGUUACCGAACUAGACACCAUGGGAGUGCUGUGAUCGCGGAUGGCCAGUGAAGUAGGUUACGGUAUUAGCCGCUAGAUGGCGCAGUAUUAUGAUGUAUACCAGGUCGAGCGGCCGCCGCGGCAGCGCGCAUCGAAUGCAAGGCCUACAACCAUAGUCCGGUGCUAGAUACCCGUGCUGCUUUUGAAACCAUUUAUUUAAGAUAAGCUCACGACUAUAUCCCAAUUGGGGUAGUCAGAGGUACAUCCAUCGCAAGAUGAACUAAGUACCCACACCUCACCGAGCUUUCUGUUAGACCAACGUGAUAGGUGGUGAGCCGUAUUGCCGUUUGUAAUGGUCAAAUUCAAAUAUACUUUACUGAACCAAAAUAAAAGAAAAUAGUGAAACCUGCACUUAAGAUAGAUUGAUAACUCAUUGGUGCAAGUCGGUGCCGGGGUUCGAACCGGCGCUCCCCAUUUGAGAAGCAAGCUAUAGUGUACCACAGGACCAUAAUGACUCACUAUUUAUUUGUUUCCGGAACCGGGAAAGGCAUAAAUAAAACAAGGAAACUAAAAGAGGCAGGGAGGCUUUUUAUAAGAAUUAUUGCAUUAAUAAUUUGCCUUGAAUGCCGUUUAUUAUUUGGCCAGCAACUAAAAAGAAAAAACUAGAGACAUAGUGUAUUUUCAAAUUUUUAAUCUCUUUGAAUUGUCAUAAUAUUAGGCUUAAGAAUCGAGUCAAAUGUCGUAUCUCAAUUUUGUUAUGAUUUUAAAAAUAUGUCUACUUCUAGUCAUGUAGAUGUUUAUUACUUAUAUUUGGCUAAAUUAUAGUCAUCGCAUUAGUUUCUCUUAAGCUCACGACUAUACCCCAAUUGGGGUAGUCACAGGUAAAUCCAUAGCAAGAUGAACUACCCACACCUCACCGAGCUUUCUGUUUGACCAACGUUUCAGGUGGUGAAAAGCUUUCUAAGAUAAAUGGUUUCAAAAGCAGCAUCCCUCCAGCUGGUCGCGGCCGCACCGCCGCCCGCGUACACAGGUGGCGCUGCGGUCGCGGCACGAAGCCACGCUGUGACACGGAUGACGUAUGUUCUGUAUAAAGUCUUGUUUUUAAUUCGAGCUAUGUUUUGCCUGUUCCAUUUUUGAAAGUGUCUACAUAAAUUAUAUAGCGUACGUUUUUUUUUCAAAAAUGUUGCCUACAAAUAAGGGCCUCAUAGACGAUUCGAUUAAUGAGGAUAAAAUCUAGAAGCUCAAAUGUAGGCGGCAGCACUGUUGAGUGUUCCUAAAUUUGACAGUUCUCCAUACUGCCCAGCUAAAAUUCGUGAUAAAUUGCUAUACAAUCGAGCAACGUGGAGUGUAUCUAGGAACUGUCAAAAUAUAAGAACAUUCAACAGUGGCGACGCCUAGUGGGAGAAAUAGGCAGUUUUUAUCCUCAUUAUAUUUGUGACAUCGAAAUUCUGUACUUAAAAAAAGAUUCGCGCGUAAAUCUUAAACUAUAAAGAACCCUAUAUAAAAGAAAGUAAUCUGAAAAUGUAUUAAUAAUCUCGAAUUAAACAUAAUACUACCGUGAACAUUUGUGAAGAAUGUUAACUAUGUCAUGUUUAUGUAAGAAAUAAUGAAUUGUAAUCAUGAAAUUGUAUGUGGUUGAGACGAACAAGAUUACUGACAUUAGUGAUUUUCACUCUUAUAUUGGUAUGACAGUCAGUCAGUGAAGAAGUAACCGCAGUUUUUAUAAAGAGUUUCUCGAACAUGUUUUUAUAUUUUGUUUUCUCUACCACAGCUGAAAUUUAUAUGGACUACUUACCUUCUUUAUGUUGUUUUUCAUUCGUAACAUAUUGUGUCGUACAGCGUGGCAUCAAACUCGAAUAGCUUUGUGAUAGUUAGUUGUAUGUUUGGUUGAUGUUUCCUCCUCGAAUAAGGCUCGUUUGUCGUCGAGUGUGAAGGGUGUGCCGUGAAGCGCGCGUCGGCCUCAGCGGCUGGACUAGUAGUAAGUGUCUAUCAACGAGUUAGUGUUAGUGUGUACGCAUGCGUACCUGUGUGCCUGUGUCCGCGGGCGGGGGCCCCGGCCGGGGCCCGGGUGCGGGCUAGAGGACUAAUCCGGGCUCUCCAGCCGAACCCCGAUGAGAUCGAACUCAAAAUAAGACCAACUGGGUUAUUUCGGAUUCGGUCCAGUUUGGGUCCGGCACUAUUUCGGGUUUGGGUCAGUUCAAAUUCGAGUCUAAUUUGGGUUCGGCCCCUCGGAGCACCCCGCGGGGUCGAGCAGUGUACGCAUCGCGUCGCUCAACUAUUUGUACAGUAUGUAUAUUUUUGUAAAAUUCGAUUCUAACUCGUGGCAAUAUUAUGAAAUUUUAAAAUUUAUCUCUAAUAAUUAAAUCUUAGUACAAUUGUUAUACAUAUUUCCUUUCCGUUCACGUGAGGCAACCGUCGGUUGAUAUACGUAAGUGAUUCCGGGACGGGCGGCAGGCACUAUCGCUUAACAUAGUUGAUUACAUAUCUCCUUGUGCGUGGUGUCGUGACGUCAUAGAGUCGCGCGCCCGCUCGGUGGUUGUGAGUAGAGCCCGACGUGCCCGCGGCUCGAGCCACCCGUGCGGCGUCUCAUAGUCAUUACAAUUAUUUGCACAACGUUACCUAGCUAGCUCGCCAGGGCGCGCGGGCCACCGACGCAGUAUUGUCGUGCCAAAACUGUACGCGGGAGCGAAGCAAUAACAUAGUACCAACAAGCAAUAACUUAGGUUCGCCUCUAACACGUAGUUCGAUCGAAUUUGACAGUUACAGAUCGCAUCCGACGAACGGACUUCGAUUCUAGCUCAAUUUUAUUGAUACUUAAUUAUAAUUUACUUAUAUUCGCUUGUUAAACAGUUAUGUAGUUGUGCCCGGUCGUCGGUGUGAAUAUGGGAGAGGCGGCCGGGCCUUGACUCUGGGCUCCAUGGGCGGGCGGCCGGGGGGCGGGCGGCCGCGGCUGCCCCAGGCGCGACCUGGAGGUGCGCACCCCCGAGGUCAAUUAUUGCCCCGCGCCUGCGCCGCGCCGCACCGCUCAGUUCAUAUAAUGUUUGUACAGUUUUUAACGAUACUUCUUAGCGAACUAAGCAAGAAAUAUUUUUAGUAUCUAAGAUCUAAUCGAAUUACAUUUUAGUGUAUCAUAAUAAAGUACUCGAAGUUUUCGAAAUUUCUUUUAAAAACUUUGUAUGGUCCUGUGAGUUUUUUAUUUAAAUAAAUAAUAAUAAUGAUAAUAUCUCAUCUGAAACUGACUCCGUGGAAUGUAAUUAGAAAUUAAACAGGAAGAAUUUUAAAUAAUAAAAUACAUUAAUAAUGGAUAAGUAAUGUAUUAUAAAUAGCAGUAAGGUAAAAAGUUAUUAACAUUGUAUGGAAAAAAUUGUGACAAAAUUAUAGUCAUUUGUAAUAUUAAUU